UAGCUGGCGGCGGGGCCGGGGCAGCGCGAUCGGCGAUGGAGCUGCACAUCCUAGAGCACCGGGUGCGGGUGCUGAGCGUCGCCCGCCCCGGUCUCUGGCUCUACACCCACCCGCUCAUCAAGCUGCUCUUCUUGCCCCGUCGCAGCCGGUGCAAGUUCUUCAGCCUGACGGAGACCCCGGAGGAUUACACACUCAUGGUGGAUGAGGAAGGCUUUAAAGAGCUACCCCCGUCAGAGUUUCUGCAAGUGGCUGAAGCCACGUGGCUGGUAAUGAACGUGUCCUCUCACAGCGGCACAGCAGUGCAGGCUGCUGGGGUCACCAAGAUCGCGCGCUCCGUCAUCGCGCCGCUCGCCGAGCACCAUGUGUCUGUGCUGAUGUUGUCCACGUACCAGACCGACUUCAUUCUCGUGCGGGAGCAGGACCUGUCGGUGGUGAUCCACACCCUGGCCCGAGAGUUCGACAUUUACCGUGAAGUAGGCGGGGAACCUGUGCCUGUUACCAGAGAAGAUUCCAGCAAUGGCUUUCCGCGUGCCCACCAUGCAGGACCCAGCCCCACGGUACAUCCCAUUCAGAGCCCUCAGAACCGCUUCUGUGUCCUCACACUGGACCCCGAGACGCUGCCAGCCAUAGCCACCACCCUCAUCGACGUCCUCUUUUACUCACACAGUGUCCCCAAGGAGGCAGCUUCAGGUGAUCCUGAGCCCAGCUCCAUCCCAUUCUUCGCCUUCUCCCUCAUCGAGGGUUAUAUCUCCAUCGUCAUGGACGCAGAGACGCAGAAAAUGUUCCCCAGUGACCUGCUGCUGACCAGCUCCUCUGGGGAGCUGUGGAGGAUGGUGCGCAUCGGAGGACAGCCCUUGGGUUUUGAUGAGUGUGGGAUUGUAGCACAGAUUGCCGGUCCCCUGGCUGCCGCUGACAUCUCUGCCUACUACAUCAGUACCUUCAACUUUGACCACGCCCUGGUGCCCGAGGACGGGAUCAGCAACGUCAUAGAGGUCCUCCGGCAAAGGCAGGAGGGCUUGGCCUCUGGUGGCUCAUAAGAAGCAGCAAGUUCCCAACUCUCUCUCUCGGCCGCUCGGCUUCCAGAGACUUCUCUAAGCUAUUUCCCGAAGCUCUGGAGCUGAGACCCUGAUCCUGCCAGGGACCCUUCGUUCCUCUGUACGUAAGCUGCGUGCAGGUGCUGGCUCCGGUGCACACGAGUGUGCGGCCGUCGUUGGUGUGCUGUGGGCAGGUGCUGCCCCCACAGUUUGUUUGCCCACACAGGGGCCUCGGUGCUUGGGGCUCAGGCCCUCCACCCAUCACUCCCCAGCGUGGCCUCAGCUAUUGCACAGUCCCUGCCUGAGGCCCAAGCCACGCCCCUCUGGCCCUGCAGGGGCUGGGUGGGUUUCCUUGCCAGAUGAGUUCUGACAGUGCCCCCCGCCCCCAGGUUCCCAAGAAAAGUAUUUUUUACAUCUCACUUUUUUUUUUUGUUUGCUUUUUUGAAUGACUGUUGAAAUAAAAGACUUGAUAUUGACAAGACA